AUGAACGUGGACACAGCGCUGUGGGGGGUCCUGGUAGGUCUGAUCCUAGCCAUGGCUGGGGUGGGUCAGUGUCUGCAGGAGGAGAGGGGUGUGGAGAACAACAAUCUGCCGAGGGAAUCAGCAGAGGUUCUGGAGGGCGAGCACGUGGAAGGGUUUAACGAGUUGGACGAUCGUCUCCUAGCCGCUGUCAUUCACUCUCUGCUCCAGAGAAACAGCAGGAACCCCUCCGUUCUCCACCAGCCUCAGAGGUUUGGUCGUGACAGCAGAGGAGACUUGAUGAUGGGGGACAGGAUACAGUCCAGAGACUGGGAGCAGGCUCCAGGACAUAUCUGGGGCAUGGCUGUGCCGCAGAGAUUUGGCAAGAAAUAG